AAGGAUAUCGUAAUCUUGGAAAUUUGGUGUACACUGUUGUAGGGUUGGGGACGUAGCAGUCGGCAAAAUACCAUCGAUUAAACGUCCAAAAUGGUGUGGCGCUGGUGGAAGGUGCUUCUUUUCAUAAUUUGUAUAUGGGUGGAAGUCAGGGAAGCAUUUUACGUACCUGGAGUGGCUCCUGUUGAGUUUAAACAUGGGACUAGGAUUGAUGUCAAAGCCGUGAAAAUGACAAGUACCCACACACAACUUCCAUAUGAAUACUACUCACUACCUUUCUGCCUACCAAAGAACAGAACAUUCAUUUACAAGUCUGAAAAUUUAGGUGAGGUACUGCGUGGAGAUCGAAUUGUCAACACUCCAUAUGAAGUUCAGAUGGCAGAAAGUGUUAAUUGUCGUCUGCUUUGUCAUUCACCCAAGAACCCUAUUAACUGGAAUGAAGAAGAUUCACAGAAGGUUGCCAGUCGCAUCAGGCAUGAAUAUUUUGUUCAUCUACUGGUGGAUAAUCUUCCGUGUGCUACAAAGAUUGUGAAUCCUGAAACAUCCGAGAUUCAGUAUGAACAUGGUUACCGGUUAGGUGGACUGGAUGGUGGUUCUAUCUAUAUCAACAAUCAUCUCAAACUUGUCUUGCUCUAUCACACACAUAAUGAGGAGACAUACCGUGUUGUUGGAUUUGAAGUUGAAGCCAUGAGCAUUGAUUAUACACAGCUGACAUUUUCUGAUGAUGACACAUGUUCGUUCCCUGACCAUCCGAAGCGGCAGCUAGUCAAUGAGCAGUCGGGAACACGUCUGUUCUUCACGUACUCUGUGGAAUGGAGAAAAUCGGAAGUCAGUUGGGCCAGUCGCUGGGACAUUUACCUUGGCAUGAGUGAUGUUCAAAUUCAUUGGUUCUCCAUCAUCAAUUCUCUUGUGGUUGUGUUCUUUCUGUCUGGAAUUUUGACAAUGAUCAUGGUACGGACACUGAGGCGUGACAUUGCGCGUUACAAUGCUGAUGAAGGACCAGAUGAGGCUAUUGAGGAAACUGGCUGGAAGCUUGUACAUGGAGACGUCUUUCGACCACCAAAAUAUUCGCGAGUCUUUGCCGCUGUUAUUGGCAGUGGCAUUCAGAUUUUCUUCAUGGCACUUAUCACUAUUUUUUUUGCAAUGUUGGGAAUGCUGUCUCCAGCCUCACGGGGUGCUCUCAUGACAGCUGCUAUUUUCCUAUAUGUUUUUAUGGGCCUCAUCGCAGGGUACUUCUCUGCUCGACUUUAUAAGACAAUGAAGGGCCGAGAAUGGAAACGAGCAGCUUUUCUGACAGCAACGCUGUACCCUGCUCUUGUGUUUGGAACAUGCAUCUUUCUCAAUUUCUUCAUCUGGGGAAAGCAUUCUAGUGGUGCCGUGCCAUUUGGAACCAUGUUAUCUCUACUCUGCAUGUGGUUUGGCAUCUCCUUGCCUCUGGUAUACCUGGGUUACUAUUUUGGAUUCCGUAAACAGCCUUUCCAGCAUCCUGUAAGAACGAAUCAGAUUCCUCGCCAGGUACCAGACCAGCUGUGGUACAUGAACCCACUUCUCAGUACCAUGAUGGCAGGUGUAUUGCCAUUCGGAGCAGUCUUCAUUGAACUCUUUUUCAUCUUUACGGCAAUUUGGGAAAACCAGUUUUACUACAUGUUCGGUUUCCUUUUCCUUGUGUUUAUCAUUCUUGUGAUAUCUUGCUCUCAAAUUUCAAUUGUGAUGGUGUAUUUCCAGUUAUGUGGAGAGGACUACCACUGGUGGUGGCGCAGCUUCAUCGUUUCUGGAGGAUCGGCUGUAUAUGUAUUUGCAUACUCCGUUUUCUACUUUGUCACCAAACUUGAGAUCACGGAGUUUAUUCCCACAUUGCUAUACUUUGGCUACACAGGCAUCAUGGUUCUCACAUUCUGGCUUCUUACGGGUACUAUUGGCUUCUUCGCUGCCUAUGCCUUCAUCCGUAAGAUCUACGCUGCUGUCAAGAUUGAUUGAACUCUUCAGUGAUGUGUGGAUGUAGUGUCUGUAUUUUAUUAACCAGCGAAUGUUUCCAGCUUGCUUUGAAAUUUUGCGAAUGGAAGCAGGAGUUAUAGACUGGAGGCUCUUGUGUAAAUCUGAAUUGGAUAAUAAGUGAGGGACCAUUACAUAACAUGCUGAGAAAUAAAUUAUUUCCGUUAUUCAGUGUAUCAUACACACUGGAAUGAGUCAUACAUAACAUGUACAUAGUGUCAAUGAUUUGAACAUGUAACAGUGUUCGUGAAUGAUGUGUUGAGUAUCUUGUCGUGUCAGUAAAAUCAUAGUUCUGACAUAACAUUUUGAGACUUUUCUUGAUAUUUUAAAUAGGAUGGAUUGUGAGUGUAAACAGCAUACCCUAAUUUGUCUGUUUGAAACUUUUUUAAAAAUGCGGAAAAAAUAAACUCUGUAUUUACAUUU